AUGGCUGGAUCGCACAAUGAUAUCAACGUGCUUCAAUCCUCUCCGGCGUUUGCAAGGCUUGCAAAAGGCAACUGCCCGCCGGUGAAUGUUAACAUUAACGACCACAACUACAACAAAGGAUACUACCUAAUUGACGGUAUCUAUUCUCAGUGGACUAGUAUUGUCAAGACAAUCUCCAACUUUGUUGGAGAGAAUAGGAGGAGAUUUGCACAAGAGAAAGAGAGUGCUAGGAAGGAUGUGGAGCUUGCCUUUGGUGUUCUGCAAUCUCAAUGGGGCAUUGUUCGAUAUCCUGCUAGAACUUGGAGCACCAAGAAGUUUUUGGAGGUGAUGACUGCUUGUGUGAUCAUGCACAAUAUGAUCGUGGAGAAUGAGCGCCCGGAACGCAUCUACGACCAACGGUUUCAGUUUCAGGGUGACAAUGUUGUGUCUGAGCAUGGAGGAGCGGCAACGUUUGCACAGAUCACCCAAUUUCAUCAUCAAAUGCGUGAUUGA